UGUUUGCUGUGGGCAGUGUGAGCUCCUCUGCCAGCAGAUGCCGCUUUAUUACCUGCACCACUUCAUCGGAGCUUCCACUUCCUGCCCCAACACUUCUGUUCAGGAAGAAGUAAUAAUGGCGACGCUUCUGGGGUCCGAGUCCCCCUGUACUGGAGGAAAACGAAGAAAUUGCCGCAGCAAUAUCGUCACAAAGUUCACGGCCAGUAAAAUCACCGGCCAGGGUUUCAGUCAGGGGACACAGCUCCCAGCAGGUUUGCUCCAGGAGAGAGAUAAACGAGCUAAGUGGAAUGGCAUCCCUACUGUGCUGCAGAAGCUCUACGAGAGCAGCCAUCCCAACAGUGACCUCUCCCAUGCGCACAGCUUUCUUAAGGUAAUAUCAUCUCAGCUCUCCGUGGAGGCCAUGUCUUUUGUCACAGAGGACAGGAAGACCGCUCAGGAAUCCACCUUCCCCAACACGCACACCUUUGACCUCUUUGGCGGAGUCGAUCUGCUCGUGGAGAUCUUGAUGAGACCCACACUAACUAUGCAGAAGAAAAACCCCAAAAUGAAUGAUGACCUGGUUAAGGACUGCCUUAGUGUUCUCUACAACUGUUGUAUAUGUACAGAGGGAGUGACGAAGAGUCUGGCAGCAAGGGACGACUUUGUUCUGUUUCUCUUUACCCUGAUGACAAACAAGAAGACCUUCCUACAGACUGCUACCCUUAUUGAAGAUAUUCUAGGGGUCAAAAAGGAGAUGAUCCAUUUGGAAGGGAUCCCCAACCUAUCAGGCCUGGUCCAAAGCUUUGACCAGCAACAGCUGGCCAACUUCUGUCGCAUCUUAUCUGUCACCAUCUCAGAACCUGAUGUAGGAAAUGAUGACAAGCACACUCUGCUGGCUAAAAACGCUCAACAGAAACGCAACGCCAGCCCCUCACGGGCAGAGGUCAAUCAGGUAACCCUGCUGAACAUCCCUGGGUUCAUCGAGCGGCUGUGUAAGCUUGCCACUAGAAAGGUGUCUGAGGCCACAGGCGCUAACUUCCUGCAGGAGCUGGAGGACUGGUACACAUGGCUAGACAAUGCUCUGGUGCUGGAUGCCCUUAUGCAGAUGGCCACUGAGGAAGCGGAACAAAGCAGUACAGAAUCAUCAGAUGAGAGUUCUCUGGCCACAAGCCCCCUGAGACAUCGACUGCCCCAGUCCAUGAAGACUGUCCAUGAGAUCAUGUAUAAAGUGGAAGUGAUGUAUGUACUGUGUGUCCUUCUCAUGGGCCGACAGAGGAACCAGGUCCACAAAAUGCUGGCUGAGUUCCGUCUCAUCCCAGGUCUCAAUAACCUGUUUGACAAGCUGAUAUGGAGGAAAUACACUGCUUCAAAUCAUGUGGUGCACAGCCAGAAUGAGAACUGCGAUUGUAGUCCAGAAAUCUCCUUUAAAAUCCAGUUUUUGCGGUUACUCCAAAGUUUCAGUGAUCACCAUGAGAAUAAGUACCUCUUGCUGAAUAGCCAGGAGCUGAAUGAACUGAGUGCCAUAUCCAUGAAGGCUAAUAUCCCUGAGGUGGAAGCUCUGGUCAACACAGACAGAAGCCUAGUGUGUGAUGGGAAGAAGGGUCUCCUCACGCGCCUCCUAGCUGUCAUGAAGAGGGAGCCUCCAGACUCGUCCUUCAGAUUCUGGCAGGCAAGAGCAGUGGAAAGUUUUCUCAGAGGAGCCACCUCCUAUGCAGACCAAAUGUUCCUCCUGAAAAGGGGACUGCUCGAGCACAUCCUGUUCUGCAUCAUCGAUAGCGGCUGUACAUCUCGAGAUGUCCUACAGAGCUACUUUGAUCUGCUGGGAGAGCUCAUGAAGUUCAACAUUGAUGCCUUCAAAAGAUUCAACAAAUACGUCAACACUCCUGAAAAGUUUCAGACCUUCCUGACACAGAUUAACAGCUCCCUGGUAGACUCCAACAUGCUAGUGCGUUGCAUUGUCCUUUCGUUGGACCGCUUUGAGAGCCAGACUGAAGAUGUCAAAGUGGUGGAGGUUCUGUCUGAGUGCUGCCUGCUGUCCUACAUGGCCAGAGUGGAGAACAGACUUUCCUUCCUCUUCAGACUGAUCAACAUCAUCAACGUGCAGACUCUCACACAGGAGAAUGUGAGCUGUUUAAACACCAGCCUUGUGAUCUUGAUGUUGGCCAGAAGGAAGGCUAAACUGCCCUUCUACCUCAAUGCCUUGCGGGAGAAGGAGUAUGCGGAAAAGUAUCCGGGUUGCUUGCUCAAUAACUUCCACAACCUACUGCGCUUCUGGCAGCGCCACUACCUCAACAAGGACAAAGAUAGCACCUGUCUGGAGAAUAGCUCCUGUAUCCCCUUCAGCUACUGGAAGGAGACGGUGUCAGUGCUGCUGGGCUCAGACAGGACUUCUCUGUGUGCCAUAGCGAGCUACAUUGAUGAGCCUUUCAUGGAUCUGGACAGAGACCUGCUGGAAGAUUGACCUCCAGCAUGUGCACUCUGGGCUGGGGGGUGGGACAGGGCAGAGGGUCACAGGGAGCAUGGACACCUAGAGCUGGUGAUGACUCCACUGAGCCAUCCAGACGCUUUGUGACAGCGCUUCUGGAUGUAAAGACUCACCUGUUUGCUUUCUGUACCUACGCAUGGAGGCCGUCAUCGCAGAGGGGAGGGGGGUGCGAAUUCUCACUGAGUUACCACUCUUCUUCAGAGGAAACCUGUACGCCCGUCCCAGAAUCACAUAACAGACUAUUGAGGGAACUUGGGAUAUGACACCUGCGUUGGUUGUUUGCUUUAGGUGAAAUUCAAAUAGAGCCUUUUAUAUAACCUAUACAAAAAAUCUAUGAAAAAAUGUGUAUGAAUCAACAAAUUAUAUGUUAGAAAAAAAGAUUCCUUUUACAUGGACUUGGUUUGGCAAUGUCCACAGAUGAACUGUCAGCCAGAUGUGUCAGUGAGGUCAGUGACACAUCACAGGGAGUCUGCCGUCUCAGUCGCCCACUACCUACACGCUCUCUGUCGACUCAGAGCCACUCCACCGCCUGACCUGUGGGGGGGGGGGGCAUUAGUGACAUUUUUGCAGGGGUCUUGUCGAUGAACAGCAUUUCCUUUUAACCCGUCUGUGGGUCUAUUUUAUUAGGUGGCUAUUGUUGAUUGGUGCUUUCUGGCUCUACUCGAAACAUUUAAGUAGCUCAUGGGCCGGCUGACAUGUAUCACAAAAUCACACACACGGGGCUCCUUUCACCUAAAAACCAUCCACUCUGCUGUGGCUUCAGAAGCUUCACACAGCAACUCGUCUCUUUUCCAGGUUCUUUUUGCUGAUCUAUUUUUGUCAUGUUGAAAACAAUGGCUUUUAGCUCUGGAUAAAAUGUAGAAUAAAACAUUGCACAGAUUAAAUUGCUUUUAUUGUUUAUUAUAGUUUAACUCAUUUGUUGAAUAAAUCACCAUCAUUUUGUACAGAAUUUGUAUCCAAUGCUGUGGGAUAUGCUUUGGGAAAGAGAAUAAACUAUGCAGGUGCUAGUGUUAAGAUA